CCAAUAAAACACUGGCCACAUGCACUCGAUCGCCAUUGGUAACCGAAAUGUCAACAAAAAAAAACUGUUUACAAAUGGCCUCUGGCGAGAAAUUCAAAGUUGCUCGUGGUGAUUUCUCGUGAAAAGUGUUUUUAUUAUUUGUUUAGUGUUAUAAGCGGUGCUAAUUAUGGGUAAUUGUUGGGCGAGUGUGUUCCGGCGACGGAAUUUGCGUCGGCAUAUAGUUUUGAUACUGAUUGGUUUGGACAAUGCGGGGAAAACGAAGACAGUGAACAAUUUGGCUGGAGAAAGAGAUGACAAAGUUUUACCGACAGUUGGUUUCAAGGCUGUGAAUCUGGUGCACAAGGACACCCCUGUGACGAUAUACGAUUUAGGAGGAGGGCCGGAGUUCCGUCAGAUUUGGCCACAAUACUACAGUGAGGUACACGGGGUAAUAUUUGUUAUCGACUCGAGUGAUUUUUCACGGCUUGAUGAGUGCAAAGCGGUGCUUGAAGAGGUGUUAUCGCACGACAAAAUAUCAGGUAAACCUGUACUAAUACUUGCGAAUAAACAAGACAAAUCUGGUGCUCUUGAUGAUAUCGAUGUGGUGGAGAAACUCAACAUAGAACCAUUAGUAAACAGGUAUCGUUGCCCGACGCUAGUCGAGUCGUACGCAGCGGAAGACCUCCAGCCGAAACCUAAAAAAAAGCCGAAGAUCGACCCUGGCCUGCGCAAAGGCUACCACUGGCUCCUGAACUACAUCGCCAAACGCUACGGCGACAUAAAUUUACGCGUCCAAACAGACAAACACGCUGACUUAGAGCGUCGCAAGAGGAUGCUCAGCAAGGCCUUGAACCGAGCAUCGCAGACCUUCACAGCCCUAAGCGACGACAUGGCGACUCAAACCGGCUUUGAAAACCCGAAUUACGAGCCCCCACCCACAGACAGAGAGAAAGAUUUAGAACACGGCUUAAUAGUCGUCAAACCAAUGCGGAAUGCCAAUAGCGUCGACUCCACGAUGACCAUAGAAAGCGCUGAAGAGUCAGAUAAUACCAGUGCCAAGCCGAAACUGUCGCCUCUAUUCGGUCGGUCGAAUAGCUCUACCACAGAGACAGUUCGGAUAGAGUUGGAACCAAGGAAUGAGUUCAGGAAACUGUCGCCGAUUGCCAGAAGUAAGAGCGGGAAUCAACACAUCGAUUUUAAGAACAGACCGCAGUCCAGUCCGACUUUCAAGAAGAAUCAUUUUAAACCUGAACCAGCAAGUAAGAACACGUCUCUCCAAGAAGAAGACAUGAAGGCUGACGGCGACCUCACCAUGUACCUCGGCGACGGGAAUCGAACCUGGGACGGUGGGGAGAAACACCACCGCACGCUAGUCACUGACGUGCAACUCUCGCAACUGCACAGGGAGAUUGUGCUCACUGAACGGACGGAGUACGGCAACAAGACGGCCACGUCGGACACGACGCUGCCGGCGGCCCCGCCCGCGGCCGGCGCGCGGCCCGCCUCCGCCUCGCAGCUGCUGCGGCGACAGCUCGAGCUGCACACGCCGCACAAGCGGCGCCUCAGCCUGCGCUAUAUGCACCGCAACAAGACGAGUCCGGAGCGCGUGUCCAUGUUGGUCUACGAGCCCAAGACCCAGCAGCGGCACCUGGACAAGGGGGACUACACCCCGGCCACCAUCAACUAGGGCUCCACCUACGUACAACACAGGUAUACGUUCCUAAGAAAAGUGAUUAUAUAAACUAUGAAGAAAUUGGAAGAAUUAUGUUGAUUUACCACAAGCAAAUAUAUUGUUUUGUUGGAUUAGACUAUAGAAUAAUUGUUACAGGGUUUAAUAUUAAACUUGUUUUUCCAAUAGGAUAGUUGAAAGUAUUAAAAAUUAAACGUUUUUCAUUAUAGUUGCAAAAUAGACAUAAAUUGAACCAAAUGGGAAAAUGGAAUCGAAAUUCGUUGAAAUAUGAAAUAGUUACAGACAUGCCAAAUAAGGAGGAACGCGUGUUAUUUUCCCGUGUGAGUUGCAAAUAAGUGCCCGGUUACUAUUUAGGGUGGUGUUGGCCCCAAUUCCUGCAGACACCUCCUAAUUUUACUUUAAGUUAUACCUGUCAUUUUCUUAUCCGCCGAAAGGGAAAGAGACGGACGAUGGACAGCUCUUCAUUUUAUGUCCGUAUACACAACAGGACCCUUCGUCUGAUUCGAUCGACAACCAGAGUUUCACUUUCGUAAUAUUUAGUACCUUCCGAGUAGUGUAAGAAAAAUAAUAGUACCUUUACAGUUAAACAAAAAACUUGAAUUAAUUUCCAGCAGGACCCUCCGUGGUUUGAAGGUCUUCGGACCAUUGGUGUAUAUCCCUGUAUAGCGGUGCAUUAGUACCUUCAGAUUAUCUUCGUUUUCUUUUAAAACAAAUAUUAGUUUAUAAGAAAUAAAUCUACAAAAUUUUUAUACUGCCAGCAGGACCCUUUUUUGUUUUGGUGCUUUCAGUCCAGACAUUCAUAUUUCCUAGCAGCAGUAUAUUAGUACUUUUCAAAAAAAUAUCGCUUAAUUAAAAAAAAAUGUAUUAAAAAGUAAUAAGACUGAUUCUUUAUCAGAGAAAAUAUUCUAACACUUUUAUUUAUGUGAUGCAACCAAUGAUCUACUAUGAUCUUUAUUAACCCACGCUGAACAACGUUUGAUUGAUAAUUUCUAUUGGUAAUUGUAAUUUUGAUUGGUAAUUGUAAUUUUGAUUGAUAAUUCCUAAUGUAAAUUUUUGUAAAUAUAAUUUAUUUUUUGUUAUAAUUUUCAUUGUGUUUUCCUUUUUGACGAUAUCAAACUACGUACCUACCUAAUAUAACAUGAAAACUGUUUUUUAUUUCAUUGGUUGCAUCACAUAAAUAAAAGUGUUAGAAUAUUUUCUCUGAUAAAGAAUCAGUCUUAUUACUUUUUAAUACAUUUUUUUUUAAUUAAGCGAUAUUUUUUUGAAAAGUACUAAUAUACUGCUGCUAGGAAAUAUGAAUGUCUGGACUGAAAGCACCAAAACAAAAAAGGGUCCUGCUGGCAGUAUAAAAAUUUUGUAGAUUUAUUUCUUAUAAACUAAUAUUUGUUUUAAAAGAAAACGAAGAUAAUCUGAAGGUACUAAUGCACCGCUAUACAGGGAUAUACACCAAUGGUCUGAAGACCUUCAAACCACGGAGGGUCCUGCUGGAAAUUAAUUCAAGUUUUUUGUUUAACUGUAAAGGUACUAUUAUUUUUCUUACACUACUCGGAAGGUACUAAAUAUUACGAAAGUGAAACUCUGGUUGUCGAUCGAAUCAGACGAAGGGUCCUGUUGUGUAUACGGACAUCUUCAUUUUAGGAAGAAUGAAGUGAAUGAGUAACCUUGGCGAAUCAAAAAGGUAUCUCGCUGCUAUGGAAACCGUUUGACGUGUGCUGUCAACGUGUCCUGCGCAGCCGCUCGCAUGAUGCCUACUCUCGUACUUGUUUACGUGUUUACUAGCUAGUAUGGUGUGACAUAAUUGUUUGCAAUUUAUUAUUUCUUUGUAAGUUACCUACCCUUUAUAAGUUAAGUUGAACAACUGAU